AUGGAACGACACCUGGCGGACACAGCGGCAUACCACCGGAUCAUAAACCAAGACGCUACUCUGAAGAACGCCCAGACAAAGAGCAGGAAUUUAGUCCUCAAGCUUUUUAAAAAUAAAGACCGAGAUGGGAAUGAUGGGCUCAUGCAAACAAGGUCAAGGGACUUUUACUUAGUCUUUGAGUCUGCCAUCCUGCAGCUUUAUCUUCUACCAGAGAUUCACAAACCAGAGAACGAGAUCACAGGAACGUUGCAGAAGAGACCAGUGCUGGGCGGCUGCCGGGCUCCUACCAGACCGGAUAACUGGAUGUGUACAGCCUUCCUCAACCCCCUUCUACGUCUCCUACCGGAACGCCUUCAAGACACAACAGACUUCUUGAACAAGGUAACCAGCAUCAGAGAUCCAGCUCCAUGCAGAGCCUGCCUUUUCUCAAUGGAUGUGGUAUCGCUCUACCCGAGCAUAUCACAGAGAGAGGCAGCCAAAGUGGUAGCAACCUUUUUUGAUGAAAACGAACAGAGAAUUACACAACUGCGAGAAGCGGGAGUAUGGAGGCCGCCUCACAAGCAGUUAUUUAAGGAAGCAAUACUCCAUGUAAUAAGGGAUACCCUCCUUCAAUUCGAUGGUAAGGUAUAUAGACAGACAAAUGGCACUUCCAUUGGAGCGUCCAGUAGCGUAACUAUUGCUGACAUCUUUAUGCAUGUAGUAUUUGAAAGGGAGAGAUCCCACAGAGAAGACGCCCCAGCAGUGUACCAUAGACUGGGAAGCAUAUGA